UCAAGAAACCAAUAAUAAUUAUAAUAUAUUGGUGGGCAUAUCAUAUAACAAUAUCAUUCAUCUAUUACUUUCUCUUUUACGUCCCAUCAAUCAAAACCCCUCAUUUCUUCAUUUCCCUUCUUUUUAUUUUCCCCCUUCUCCUCCCUCCCUUUCCCUUCCUUUCUCCUUCCCUCUGGUUCCUCUUCCUCUUCCCUUCGUCUUCCUCCUCCUUUCCUCACCUUCACGAAAUCUCGGGAAAGCGAAACCCAAAGAGAAAAGAAGAAAAUUCAACUCUUAGUUACUACCUACAAGAAGAAGCAGUAAAACCCCCAAAAAAAAAUCUCAGUCAGUCGAUCAGAUCACUCCACAACCCGCCACAUGGAGCCCACGUCAGCUCCUCCUCCCGAUCCGACCACAGCCAAGGGAGGAGAACGAGUAGAAGAAGAACGAGGAGGAGGAGGAUCAUCAUCCACCACAACGACGUCGUACCAGCAGCAGGCGCCAGCUACAACCACACCGCCGCUGAGCCGGUACGAGUCGCAGAAGAGGCGGGACUGGAACACCUUCCUCCAGUACCUUAAAAACCACAAGCCACCCUUGACCUUGGGCCGAUGCAGCGGGGCCCACGUCAUCGAGUUCCUCAAGUACCUGGACCAGUUCGGGAAGACCAAAGUCCACGCCACGGGCUGCCCGUACUUCGGCCACCCGAGCCCUCCGGCCCCUUGCGCCUGCCCGCUCAGGCAGGCCUGGGGCAGCCUUGACGCCCUCAUAGGCCGCCUCCGGGCCGCGUACGAGGAGAACGGGGGCCGGCCCGAGUCCAACCCGUUUGGGGCCCGGGCCGUCAGGAUUUACUUGAGGGAGGUCAGGGAAGGCCAGGCCAAAGCCCGCGGGAUUCCGUACGAGAAGAAGAAGCGGAAACGACCUUCUGCUGCUGCUGCUGCUGGUUCUACGAGUAGUGGUGUGAAUGUGUCGGUGGCGGAUACUCAGACCGUGCUGCCGACGUCGGGAGGUGAGUCUACGUCUCUGCCAGCUGACGGUGGUGGUGGUGGUGGUGGUGGGGACAGUGGUGGUAGUAGUAGUAGUAGAGUUGGUUCUGGAAGGACGACUAACGUCGUCACUAGCGCCGUUGCGUCUACGACAGUAUAGGUUCUUUUUUAUUUCUUUUAGUUAUUGUUAUUAUUUGUUAAUUCUAAAUAUAUAUCCUUCAUUGUGAUUAUGAGCUCUAUAUUAUUAUAUUAAUAUUCUUCUAAUAUAGUGUAUAAUAAACUAUUAAGGGUGGGACUUCCUAAAAUAUAUAUAAAAUUAUGCCAAAAAUUGAAGAAAUUUAUAAAUACUAUCUAGCAAAUAAAUCAGGUUAAGUUCU